AUGAAUCGAAAAUCGUUCGGCGGAAAAAAAUUUAUAGGGCGUCAUCACAAAAUAGAUGCCAAGCAACUGCCCCGUAAAAAAAGCCGCUUUGCUCGACUUGAUCCCGAUAUUCAAAGCAGAUACGACGGUUUCGAUGACGAGCCUUCGGUCCCAGGUUAGAAUUCAUUUAAAAAUUUCCAGUAAUUAUGCUAAAAAUUUUCAGCCCGUUCCGGCGUUCCGUCGUCGUGCUCUCGCUGUGUCAUCGUGAACCCUUCUCGUCACGCGUCUGUCGCUAGAACGGCAGUUGCUGAUGCGGAGAUCGCGCACAAAAUUUCUGUUAUCGCAUGCGCAACAAUUUUCGACAAGAAAUGGCUCACUGAGCAGCUUAAUCAGAGAAUCGAGAAUUUCAAACCGCUUCUGUGGAGUGUGACCAGGUGUAAUGACAUUGAAUUCUACGUUCGUGACGAGGACAGUGCCGCAGCGAUCAAAGCAAACAGCCGACGCAUUGUUCACCAGGAGAGCGGACACAAAGUCAUAUUCUUGGUCCAUUCAAUUCCGGCUCCUUGGAUGCGAUUGAAACGGCGUGAAGUUGAUAUUAUAAACGUAAGGAAGCAGAAGUUCAGAUUACUCAAAAUAUUAUUUUGAUUGCAGAAAGUUGUCGACAAGCGCUUCGAUGAAGAGUCCCGCGUUCUGGACCUGUCCAACUUCCACGAUGACAACGAGUUCACUUCAAGGAACAUGGUCAUGCAGAUUACGAAAGGAAACGUGAUGCUUGCUGUCCUCGAUCGCAUUGACGACAAGUACGGAAACGCAGUCGCACUUUCUUUGGCGAACAAUAGACUCCGUCACUUGGAUUUCUCAGCCGCAUUAGUCCCUAUCGCAAAGUUUGUGAAAGAAUUGGAUCUAAGUAACAAUCUGGUUAAUUUCCUUGACCCGUCUCUGUUUCCGAACGAUUUCUUUCCAGAUUUCUUUCGAACGUGAAAUCGAUAAGUUGUCCGGUCUCCCAGUCGAGCGACUGUUUCUCGAAGGAAAUGCCAUUUGCGAGACGUUCACCCAGAAGGAUGCGUACCUUAGGUGACCAAAUUUUGAUAAUUUUCAACACCUUGAGGUGUUCUCGUCUUCCCAAACUAGUUUUGUUAUCUUUCUCUUUGUCCUCAAAUAAUGUAUGUCUUUCAGUUUUGUACACAAGACCUUUCCUAGAUGCAACUUGCUGGUGAGUUGGUUUUGGCACUAUUUUCAGAUUGCUUAUCAAGUGUUUAAAAUGAAUUUCCUGUCAGGACGGAGUUGAAGUGCAGCCGCUUGUCACUGAACCAGACACUAAAAAUAAAAAUCUGAUUCCAUUUAAAGUUAGUUCAUUUUUUGAUCGUCGGAGGAAACGUAGAAAUUUUAGGCCGGACACUACCCGAACGACGAAAUCCGGCUCCUUAUCGACAAGUUCGUGGCCGGCUACUUCGAAAUAUACGAUGGUCCGCAUGGACAGAAAACCCGCAGAAGUCUGCGCGACUUGUACGAUACGGACGCGGUGAGUUUCUGUGAAAAAUAUCUGUGAUAUUCAGCUUAAAUCUGAGAACGAACGUUUUUCAGUCCCAGUUCACUUUGACCAUCAGCAACCUGGUAGGAUUGAAGCAUCAAAGAUAUCACAGCGAGUGAGUUUAGCCAAGGUUGUACAUCAGUUUUAUGUAUUUAUUUUUCAGUAAAAUCUACUAUCAAUACUUGCAAAUGUCGCACAAUCUGCUCACUCACAAGUUUUCUUCUAGAAGUAGUGAAGCCCGCGUUGCUCGUGGAUCCAGGGAAAUCGCGGUCGCGUUGUCGAAACUGCCAACUUCGAAGCAUUUCAUGGACACGCUCCUCGUCGACGUCUUUCUCUUCACCAGCGAGAUUCUUGGAUUCACAGUCCAAGGACUCUUCCAAGACGGCGAGCUCGACGAAAGUGUUGUCCAACAAUCUAGCUGUUUCACACGAACUUUCAUCGUUACGCCACGUGCUGAAGGGUACUUUGUUCUUCCACAUCAACCACAUUUAAGCAAUUAUCGCAUUUUCAGAGCAGUCACCGUGCUUUCCGACCAGUUGUUCAUCUCCUCCGCUUCGUCAGAACGAAUCAUUAGUUACAAGAAGCUGCUCCAUCAGGCUAUCACACACGGAUCUGAAACGGAACUGGUCGAUGCCGUCCAAGCAGUUCAGAUUGGGAUGGACAGACUUGGAUUCGACGGGGCGCCGCCAGCCGAAGUUCGUGAGCAAAUGGUGAAGGCUUUCCGCGAGUUCACCAACAUGAACGUUCAGUACGCGACAAAAUGUCUCUCCGACUUCGAAUGGAACUACGAAGCGAGUGCUGCGUAG